AUGGCUUUCGCAUCUCGGGUGGCCAUAAUUUCCGGUGGCAUCGGUGGCAUCGGCAGUGCCGUUGGCAAGACAUUUCGAGAACAAGGGGCUAAGCUUGCUCUACUGUAUGCUCCUUUUGAGGCCAAUAAUGUCGAUAAGGUCCUGGAAGAAGUAUAUGGCUCUCGAAACAAUCCAGACAUCAAGACAUACGCGUGUGACAUCACUCGUCCUGACUCCGUCGAAGAAGCCUUCGCUGCUAUUGCAGCUGAUAACGCGGGCUUUCCAGGUUUCCUGAUAAACAGCGCUGGCUAUGUCAAUCUGAGCCCAUUAGAGGACACAACACCGCAAGACAGCCUCCUGCACUACAUGGUCAAUCUUUAUGGCCCGACACUGACUGGCCAAGCCUUUGCGCGCAUGUAUCUGAAAGCAAAGGCUCAACAGAGCGAUAUUCCUGGGGCAAGGAUCAUCAACAUCUCAAGUCAGGCAGCGCAUGUAGCAUUGGACAACCAUGGUGCCUACUGCGCUUCGAAAGCUGGACUUCUAGGCUUAACGAGAUGUCAGGCCAACGAAUGGGGUGUUCAUGGAAUCACAGCCAACACAGUUAGCCCAGGACCUGUGUGGACAGCUCUUGGGAAGAAGGCCUGGGGGGAUGAUAAAGUUCGCGAACAGUAUCUGAAAGCGGUUCCAACCGGUCAGUUUGCUGAACCUGAGGAAGUCGCAAGCAUCGUGUUGUUCUUGUGUCAAGACUCGUCAAAGAACAUAAAUGGCGCAGAUAUGAGGAUUGACGGGGGAUACACAGCUCAUUGA